AUGCAGAUCUUCAGGAAGACCCUGAUGGGCAAGACCAUCACCCUGGAGGUGGAGUCCAGUGACACCAUCAAGAAUGUGAAGGCCAAGAUCCAGGAUAAAGAAGGCAUCCCCUCUGACCAGCAGAGGCUCACCUUUGCAGGCGAACAGCUGGAAGAUGGCUGCACUAUUUCUGAUUACAACAUCCAGAAAGAGUCUACCCUGCACCUGGUCCUUCGUCUAAGGGGUGGCUGUUAA